GAGAAACGUUUAUUCACGCCUGCAAAUGGAAAUGGUGGCAUUGCCUCGUCAACCCAAGUGCUUUUUUUUACUCGUUUAACUAUUUUACUCUCUCUCACAAACAAAUCAAGGCAAUACCUGAAAAAUCAACCGGCAAAUAAUCCAUGAAUCACUGACAAAAUCUGACAUUUCAGACAUAAAAUUCAGUGAGAAGACGAGAUGAAACUACUGAAAAAAUACUCGCCGGGGGAUAAGGUAUUCGCUAAAGUUCGAGGUUAUCCGCCUUGGCCAGCCAGAGUCGAAGGAGUCACAGACGCCAACACAAAAAAUGCCAAAUACAAAGUGUUUUUCUAUGGAACUGGCGAAACGGCUGUCUGUAAAGUCGAGGAAUUGUUUCUUUAUGGGGAAAAUAAAGAGAAAUACGGUAAACACUUGAAGAGAAAAAUAUUUCACGAGGGAUUGCAGCAGUUAGAACGAGAGCUCAAUAACGAUCAAGAAGCUGUUGAGACGGAGAAAGAGACGAGGCCAUCCUCGGAGGUGCCAACAGCUGUGGGACUGGACAGUGAUUUGGAAACUGGACCACUGGUCAUUGACGAAGGCGAGAAGAAGAAACAACUGAAGAGGAAAUCGUUAGCUGUCCCCAUCCUCUCGCAAGAUUCACCAGAGCCCAAGAAAAAACGAGGUCGCGCCAAGAGUUGGUACGCAGCAGAUACCGCAAAACCAGAGACAAACGAUUCCGUGACCGAGGACUCGAGCAAAGAAGUUGUAAGUCGCAGUGGUCGAAAAAUCAAGCCCAAGCGUUUCGCUGAUUUUUCGUCCUCCGACGAGUUCGAUAUGGAGAAUUUUGCACGAGGUCGUGGGCGAAGCAAAAUGGACGAUUCCCAGGAAGUGCCUCCCACGCCCUCGAUCACCAGAAAACGAGGGAAUCCCGACAACGAUAAAAAAGAGGAGAAGAAAGCCUUCCCCAAAGAAGAAACACCAAGUCAACAGAAGUCAAAGCUCAAAUGGCUGAGAAUGGAGAUUCAACUUCUCCAACUGGACGCCCAGAUAACAUCAAAUCUGGGACUGGACCGGGCCAAUACUGAGGAGUGUCUUGAGGCCAUGGACGAGAUGCUGGGACUCUCAAUUGAGCCCGUAAUGCUCAAAAAGCAUUCUCACAUUGUGGAAACAGUGAAAAAAUUAAGAAGAUACAUCGGAAAUGUCGCCGAGUGGAAUCUCACAGAGGACCAAGUGUUAUCUUUCAAACAAAAAGCUGAACUCAUUCGACAAAAGGCUGAGCACAUUUACAACAAAUUCAAGACUUUCUUCAUAAUUCCGGAAUCUCAGUCCUUCUGGCAGACAUUCUCAGAUCAAGUUGAACUUUUCAAAGAAGCCACUAAACACAUGAAGGAGGAAGCUGUUUUUACUCUAAUGAUUGAUCCGACUCUCUCAGAAAUUCAAAAUCAACGGGACGAUCCAUCCAAUGAUCAAAUUCCUGACACAACGGUGGAUACUGACCAGGAUACGUCGACGACGACGAGUGCAACGUCCAAGUAACAUUUAUCAUUAACUCCAUGUCCCUCACAUUCAGAUCAUUCAUUUUUUGAUAAUGAAAAUCGUCGCACUAAUAAAUUCACAGACAAUCUAAAUCAUGAGUGAAUUAUUUUUAGUGAUUUGAUUAUUCAAUUGCUCUUCACGGUAUUAUUAUUAUUAUUAUUAAUGGAUGAUGUACAUUGAAUUCAGAGUUUCGGGGGAUAUUUGAUUUAGUUUACUUUGAGGGAUUGCAAGUGGACAGAACAGAGUAGAAAAGUCUUCGUAAUUAGUCGAUAAUUAUAUUAUUGUUUUGGAUUUUAUCGAGAUCAUUGUUUUCAUUAUUCGGUGGCUCUUAAUGUUUUAUUUUCGUUUAACAUUAAACUUUUAUGGAUUUUCUGCUGUUCUUUCUUAUUUUGAUAUUUCAAUAUUUCGUUUCAUUUUAAGAUUUGUGGAUAAUUGUUUGAAUUCAGUUGUGAUGAGAUCAUUUCUUUACGGAUUAAUGUGAAAAAUUGGGUGAUUUGAGAUCGGGAGAAAAUUAAUGAAUAAUUCGUGAAAAGAGCGUUAAUGAUUCCAAUGCUUAAAACACUUCAGUUUCACGUGAGAAUAACGAUUAUGGAAUAAUCGUGACGAAUCGCCUUAAUAUUCUUGUACUUUUAGAACUGCAAACGGAAAUUUUCGGGCCGAAGAGAUAAUACCUUUGUAUCUCAGGAGGGUGACAGUAUUUUUGUGGAGAUAUUUUAAUGAGUCAUUCUGAUCUACGAAAAAAUUUAUUGAAGGCAUUUUCAUCUCAUUUUCAGCAUCUUCCUGAGAUUCUGAUAAUCUAAACAUUUUAUCUCUUCGUUGUGCAACGAUUUUGUAGUCGAUGCUGAAAAUACGGAAUGUGAGGAAUAUCGAGAAAACAUUGGAACAAUGAUAGAAAUAAAAAAUUGCAUUAUAUUUUUGGUAACCAAAAUUUAAGAAAUUUCAGUGUGUAAUGUUUAAUCCGUAACUCCCAGAGGAGAUAAUUAUUUUAGUUUGAACUUCACAAUGUAAGGAUCAUUCGUAAUAAAUAGACUGUGGAGUUUA